CCGGCCGCCAUUUUGUUUCGCCGACGGACGAUGCUGCGAAAGCUCCACCGGGCAGCCACGGCCUCUCUGCUGGCGCUCCUGGGGCUGCUCAACACGCCCAGAAACGUCACGUCUCUGUUGCCCAUGGAGGACUGCGGAAAAAGGCCUCUUAUGGAUGAGAAAGAAACAGAGUCUCGGAUUAUAGGUGGACAUGAUGCCAUGGUUGGAUCUUGGCCAUGGCAAGUUAGCCUUCAGUAUUAUACCGUUGGCCUAGGAUAUUUCCAUCUGUGUGGUGGAAGUUUGAUUACAAACAACACGGUGUUGACAGCAGCACACUGCGUUAAAAAUUUUAGGAACGCAGCCUUUUGGAGGGCUGUCAUCGCCGUGCAUCAUCUUCAUAUACAAAACGUUUAUACUCGAAAGCGCCGGGUCAGUACAAUCACGAUCCAUUCUGAUUAUGAUUCAGAACGCUAUGAACAUGAUAUUGCCUUGUUUACGCUAAUAAAACAUUUAAAAUAUAACAAUUAUAUUCAGCCCAUCUGCUUACCUGAAAAUGAUACUAUUGACAUGUACCCAUGUUUCAUAGCUGGCUGGGGAAACACAAAGGAGAAAGGUGUUGGCAAUUUAAUAUUACAAGAAGCUCAGGUAGACAUUUUUCCGCUGAGAUUAUGCAAUAGAUAUGACUCGUAUGCAGGGAAAUUAACAAAAAACAUGCUUUGUGCUGGCUCUCUGACUGGACGUGUUGAUAGCUGCCAGGGAGACAGCGGUGGACCUUUGAUGUGUUAUUUUCGAAAUGUUACCAGGUAUUAUCUGAUAGGAAUCACCAGUUUUGGGUUUGGUUGUGGCCGACCAAGAUAUCCAGGAAUCUAUGUUCGUACAGUUAAUUACAGAAAUUGGAUAGAUACACAUUUAAUUGCCAAGACCACCAAUGUGAGCAUUCGAUGGGUUCCGAUCUGUUGGCUUGUUGCAUGGACAGUCUUUUAUAUUCUAUGAAGAGGCAAACUCUCUCCAUUGUACUAGAGUGAACUUGGAUUGCAAAAUUGGAAGCAAAAUUCUUCACUUUUAUCAACAAAUUUACCGUAUUCCCCCUUAUAAAUUAAAUAUACAUAUAUAUCAGAUGUUA